UGGUUAAUCCCGAUCAUCAAACUACUGUCCAUCAUCAUCACGAAAAGUUCACGACAGAAUUGACAGUCAUCGAUUAAAGAUAUCUUCGUAAAAUAUUUAGGAUGCCCAAAUGCAAGCCGUCUCGAGUAAGCAGUAAUGUCACGAUCUUAAUUACGGCUCAUUGCUUAUGCGGCACAAAUGUGUUGUUCAGUAAUCAAUUCAGGACUGAUUAGUCCUGUUUCAACGAACGUCGAAAUGUGGGCCAAACAUACUGCAAUACAUGUCGCUUAAAUACGUGCUCUAUACAUUGUUAGCAGCAGACAUAUAUCCAUCGACGUAAUCGACACAUACAUAUAUAUCAACAUAAUCGAUAGGCACGGUUUAGAAGCUUGGAGCUGAUGCUUAAUUUCUCUUCUUAAUUUCUCAUGCAUGCCUGUAUUCGCUGAUAUUUUAUUAUUCCAUUCCAGUUAAAUUGCUCGAACUCUAUACUUUAUCUUUUAUUUCGAUCUUUUUCUUCGUUUUAAUCAUUUCCGAAUCCAUCCGACAUCUCCAGCAGACCUCUUAUAUAUCCGCAUUGCAUAUGACGAUCUUGAUUCUUCCUCGCAAUUCCUCAGAGUAUGUUUAUACCUAUGAAUGAAGUAAAUCGGCAGACGUAGGCAGAUUCCGAUUGCUUGUGCAAAGCUGGCUCAGCUUUAAAGAACUCGUUUGUUCUGAGCAAUCAGAACGACUGUGAUCGCGCGAGCAAAUGUAUUUCGCCAAAAAAUCUGAAAUGUUCGGGUUGAUUAUCGCAUUUUUCCUGUUCUCCACGAUUCUCGCUACUGACAGAAACUCGAAUAGGACAGACUUGAAAUGCGAGGGACGUGCUUUCCACAAUACGUCGCUCUCCGCUUAUUAUCCUAUAUUUGGGACGGACGACAAGCGCAACCAUCUGGACGAUCAAGGAAAAAUGUUAAACACUCUUCAGGAUUAUCUUGACGAUCGCGCACCUUACGUAACUGUGGCUGGCAAUCUGAAAUCUGGCAUUCCAUACGCAACGCAGAUAUGCAUAAAAGAGCUGAAUGAGCAAUUCGGGAGACGGAUUUCCCUGCAGAUUAGGGACCAGAUUGAUUAUGAAAGUGACGAAGUUGAUCUCGAUUUCUCAAGAUUGGAAAUCUGCGUCAGGAGUGAAGAAGAUACUUAUGACGCUUACGUGAAUCGCCUCGUCACCGUUUACAUGUAGUGUGGUUCUGUGGAUUAAUUAUUUUAUUUAUAAUAUUAUGCAUUUUGUAAAGAUAUAUAAUAUUACAUUUGAUUGUUAAUCACUAUACUUUAAUUCAAUAUCGCACAUAAAUGAUCGUCUUAUAAUGGUGGAGCUUGUGCUGAUGGAAAAUCAUAUCAAAUUAAUAUAUUUCAAACAAG